CAACGAGUAAACCAGUGGUGUACAAUGUUGUGUUGACAUUGUGUUAGUCAGCAGGAUUAGCCAUGAGUCAGCAUUAAUUCAGACAUACAUAUAAACCAAGUUGUCUGAGUAGCAAGUCUAGAACUUCUGUUUCAUUAUUAAGCUGCAGGUUGUGUUGACAUUGGGUUAGUCAGCAGGAUUAGCCGUGAGUCAGCAUUAAUUCAGACAUACAUAUAAACCAAGUUGUCUGAGUAGCAAGUCUACAACUUCUGUUUCAUUAUUAAGCUGCAUUUGUUAAGCUAGCUCCAAGAUGCCGACCUACAAGCUGUACUAUUUUAAUGCAAAAGGGAACGCAGAGAUUACCCGUCUGGUGUUUGCUGCUGCUGGUGUGGAAUAUGAAGACAUCAGAUUUAAAGACCGUGAUGAUUGGCUUAAUAACUACAAGCACUUAAGUCCCACCGGACAGUGCCCAUUCCUGGAGGUGGACGGGAAGAAGAUUGGUCAGAGUUUGGCUAUUGCGCGUCUUGUGGCACGAGAACAAGGUCUUUAUGGCGAAAGUAACAUGGACGGUGCCAUGAUAGACCAGGUCCUUUACACUUUAGACGAUUUGACCAAGCCACUUAUCGACUGGCAUUUUGAGAAAGAUGAAGCAAAGAAGGCAGAGAAAGAAAAGAAGCUAGCUGAGGAAACACUGCCUGAAUCCAUGCAACGCCUUGAUAAACUUUUAAAAGGCAAUGGCGGCAAAGGAUACUUUGCAGGAAACAAGCUCUCCAUUGCGGACCUAGCAGUCUUCAAUCAAUGUUCAGGGCUGGUGGUGAAGUUCCCCAAGUGCAUGGACAAAUGCAAAGAAUUGCCAGCAUUCAUUGACCGUAUUAAAGCUCUACCAAAGAUAGCUGAUUGGUUAGCGAAGAGACCGCAGACAGAUUUUUGAAUGCCGUUUUAAUGAACUGCAUUGUCACUCAUGACCUACCCGCUGCCUCACAAACUGUUCCAUUAGGCUUUGGGCCUCAACCCAUAUUUUCGCAAAUUAUAACCAAAAAAGGGACGAUUAACUGUU